AUGGGGGUAAAGCAGCUGCCGUUGCUCUCGCUUCGGCUCCAGAAACGUGUAGGCAUUUCCCAGCUUCUCUUCCCCCGAUUGCCCAAACAGGUCCUGCUGCUGGAAGACGCGGCGACGGCGAGGAAGAUGGUGCGAGCGGCGGGCUGGUGCCUGACUUGCCUGGACGCGCUGGAAGCGGCGGGCGACGCGGCCUCGCUGCGCGGCCCCUUCGCCGACCUGGCGGUGGCGCUGCAGAGCCUGGGCGGCCUGACUGCGCGCGGGUCCGAGGAGCGCCUGGGCCGCGCCGGCCGCCUGCUGCGGGGCUGCGUUCCCGCGCUGCUCGUGGCCGCCCGCGGCCACCUCCGGCGUCCCCGCGACCCGCGGCUGGCCGCCUCCCGGCGCCACGUCUUCGCUCUGGCCAGGAAGACCCUGAGUGAGCUCCUGGGGCGCCUGGAGCCCGGCGCCGCCCCAGCGGCCAGCGCCCCGCACGGCGCGCUCCCUCGAAGUCUGCGGCAGCUGCGGGAGCUGCUGGCGGCGCCCGGACCCGAGCGGCUGGGCGGCGGGCUGGACGCGCCGCUGGCGGCCGUGGUCUGGCACUGCAUGCGCCUGGCCGCCUGCUCCCCGCCGCCCGAGCGCCUGCGCCUGGUGGCCCGUUGCCGCCGGCUGCUGGAGCUGCGGAGCGCCGGCGUCCGGCGCCUGCACCCGAUUGACGGGCCUCCGGGGACGGGCGGGAACAGCCAGGAGCCGGGGGAGGAGUGCGCAGCGCUGUGGGCCGCGACUGAGGACCUCUCCCAGGGGGUCCGCACCGGGCUGCUGCGCCAGAUCCUGGACACGUUCACCGACACGCAAAGCCCUCUUCAAAGACUGGUCCGGGCCGCCUUGGCUACUCCCUCAGUCUCCUCCCGGUGCGAUGGCGAGGCCUUGCCUGAGAGCCUCCAGCUUCUCCUCGCUGCUUUCCAUGACCAGGCCAACCGGAUGCUCAGAGUGGCUCACUUGGUCUUGGUUUGCUGCCCACGACAGCAGACUGGCAAAGACAUGGAGGCCACCAUGGCAGGCCUUCGGGGGCUUGUGGUCAGAGUGCAACAGCUUUUCUCACAAAGCCCCCAAGGGUCUGGUCUGGACUGCAGCCCUGCUGCCCUGCAGGCCCUGCUUCAGGAGUGGGCCAGGGCAUCUCAAGGCUUAUUAGCGUGUUUUGAUGAUGUUCUCGAUAUUCCUGAGUUCCUGAGUGUGUCCAUUCAGGAAAUGACCAAGCACCUGGACUUUUUUACAUGGGCUUUGAGGAGUGGAGAUUCCAGAGAGUUCUCUCCACUUGUGGCAUAUUUACAGGGUCGAGGGACACACAUCGUGCAGGUGAUGGGCAGGUAUGUGGACCAAGAUCGAGAUCCUAUUUUCCGGAAUGGCCUGAGAGUCUUGAUCCAGCAGCUGGAGCAAUCCUCCCGGGUCCUGGGUGCAGCUGGGGAGCACUGUUCAGGUGGGCACGGCUCUCAGGACACAGAUGCACUAUUAACUUUGGCGAAACAUGUGAUCUCUUCAGCUCAGAGCAUCCGAGAGGGGCUGGAUGGAACUAACCACCCAGAUAUCCUCAGUCCCCUUCGGGACCAAGUCCAGAGGUUUGACAUGGCUGAGAGACGGCCUUAUUUCAUUCUCUCCAGCCUCCAGGAUUGCACAGCUCCUGCACUGAAACACCAAAGGGAGCCUGGGUUGGGGAAAAGCGACCGAGGCGCCUCCUAUCCACCUAGGGAUCAUCUUUUUUGCCCCUUGAUUCUUGACACCGGUCUACAGAAGGUGGGCUCUCCACUCCCUGCCAUCAGCAAACCCACGCUUGCUGUAGACAGCCUGAGCCACCAGGGAGUGACCUCAGCUCACACCAUCCUGCAGGACCAGGAUGCAGCUGUGGAGGCAGCUCAGGAGGCCCUGGCUGGAGAGGGACCACUGGCGUCAGAGAGGAUGACUGGACUGCAAGAAAUCCCAUCACUGGCACCUUCUAUUAUUGACCUAGCAAGGGAGAUAGAACAUUGCACAACUGCUAGAACUGAUGGGCUUCUGGAAGUGGCUCUCCAACUGUCUGGGAAGACCAGGGAAACCAGGCAAAGUUUGGUAGCCAUAGCUGGUGACUGGUAUUCUCUGUGUCAACAGCUGUUUUGCAACAAGCCAGCAGCUGAUCUUCAAGAGAACAUGACAGUGUUCAUGGAGCUUCAGCAGAACUUAGCCUCAGUGGUUCAACUAGCAGUCAAAAGUGGACCCAUGGAUUCGGGUAAGAAGGAUUCUGACUCAUCUGGGCAUCCAGAAGCACAUUUACAAGUGCAAGGCAGAUUGGAGGAGGCGGAGACCCAUGCCAAACAGCUUUUGGACAAAGUUCUGGCCUCUGAUGGUUUCCAAGCCCCCAGGUCGUGGGAGGAGAGCAUUGAGGAUGGGUGCCUGCUAUGGUCAGUGGCUGUCCAAGACCUGUUCCAGUGCCUGGAGAGGCUCAGCGGGAGACAAGGCCUGUUCCUACUGCCCCUGCGACAGGCUGUGAAGGACCAGCAGGGACUGCAGGAAGGGUUGGCUCAGGCAGCAGAUGUUUCUCAAAGGCUACAAGAGGCUGCUAGGCUGUCUUGUCUUCUGUGUGGGGAUGAGCAGGUGAAGGGUGAGAUCUCCUUUCUGUGCAGGGAGGUUCAUGUGCUCACAGAUGCUCUGCUGGAUGUGGCACAGAUCCUGGCCUCCUUCCCCAAACCAUCUCCCAGCCUGUCCACCCGCUUUGAACUUCUCUGCUUGGAGCUCACCCUUCAAGCCAAGGCCCUGACUGGCCACCUCAGCAGCAUCAAUGCAGACUAUGAACGUGUCCUCCAAGGUGCCUUCUGCCCAAGGCUCUCUGUCUGCAAAGACCCCCAGACCCGGCCAGAAGACUCUCUGGAAAGAAUGGUGUCUGGUAUCCAAGCUGUGCAGGGAAUUGUGGCUGGAGGUCAGGAGUCUGGGCCCUGCCAGGAAGACCUUCUCAUGGCUCUGGAGAGCAUUCUCGUCCUCACCAAGGAGGUGGCCCAGCGGGUCCCUGUGCUCCGAGAAUGCCCAGAGGGCUGGCUUCAGCAGGAGUGGGCAGCCAAGGCCCACCAUGCUGUGGCCCAGCUCCAGGCCUGGAAAGGUGGUCACACCAAGGCUUGGAGACUCCUGGCCCAGUGCUUGAAGCCCAGUGAUGAAGAGGACCCCACCCAGCCCCAGCUCCACCGUGGGGAGGGUGCAUCAGGAGCCGCUGAAGCCAGCCGUGUAGAUUCUCAGGGUGCUGCUCCAAGAGACACCGCAGGGAGCUCAGUGGGGACCUGCACUGCUGACCCAGGCAUCACCGGGACGGUCGCGGACCUGGGCAUGCACCAGCAUAGCGGCACCCCUGGCAGCUCCCCCAGCUGUCCAGCCUGGCCGCACACUGAGGUGGACCUGCCUCUCCCAGAGGAUGGCAGCGUGAACAGUGGGAACAGAAUCACCCAGGUUACCCAGGAGAUGGCCAAGGAGGUGUUCCUGAUGGCUCAGAGUCUGAGGAGGAGAGGAUGCAUCUUGACCAAAGAACAGCUCAUUACCUCUGCCAGGAAAAUUGCGACUUCCGGACAAAACUUCGCCAGACUUAUCCGCAUCAUUGCUAAGAACUGUGUAGACCAAAGAUGUUCCCAGGAGCUUCUGUAUAUGGUAGAGCAGAUUCAGACAAUGAGCAGCCAGCUCCGCGUCAUCUCCAGUGUAAAGGCCUCCUUGGCAAGAAGCAAGUCCUCUGAAGAGCUCCUGGUGGAAAAUGCACAGCAGCUCCUCCGUGCUGUCUCUAAGACUGUGAGGGCUGCAGAAGCCGCCAGUCUCCGGGGUUUGAGACAGCCUUCCCCAGAUCCGGAGGAACUGGAAGUUGCUGCCUUCUGCAUGCAGUGGAGAAGAAAAUUGCGAAGGCACAGACUUCAAGAAACCUCAGACCUGGACCGUGAUGAGCUGGGCCUCCGAAAAACCAGCACUAAAGGGCCCCCGACACUCGUGGCCCUAGUUCAAGAAGCGUUAUAAAAGCUGAGCAAUAUUCUCCAAGUCAGACUCUCUGUUGAUGUGUGCACUGGCCCUGAGACUCUGACAGCCCAUGGAAAGUGCCU